CUUCUCGACGCUCAGUGACACCGCGAUGGCUUCUAAGCAGGCGCAAAAGCAGUCGAUUACGCUCAAGGGCUCUACGGCGCUUGUCACCGAGUUCUUCAAGUAUGCUGUCAACACCAUCCUCUUCCAGCGCGAAGUGUACCCAUCGGAUGACUUCCAGAUGGUCAAGAAAUAUGGGCAAACACUGCUUGUGACUCAGGACCUUGCUCUGGAAAACUACCUUGAAAGGAUAUUGGCCCAAGUGCAGAACUGGCUCCUCGCGGGGACCGUGACCCAGUUAGUGCUUGCGAUCAUCUCCAAAGACACACGAACGCCCCUGGAGCGAUGGGUCUUUGACAUCAAGCUCGUCGAACCGCCGGCGGACCCUUCUGCACCGCGCCCACCCAAGCCUGAUUCCGAGAUACAGUCCGAAAUACGCGCUAUCCUCAAGCAGAUCAUCUCCAUGGUCACGUACCUUCCCGUCAUCCAAGAACCCACGGUGUUCAAUAUCCUCGCAUACACCUCGGACUCGGCAGAAAUCCCCGCUGGCGAGUGGGUAGAUACGGAUCCCCUGGCGAUUGAGGCGAGCAAGAGCCAGCAGGUGAAGAUGCGGAGCUUCAGCACGGAUGUGCAUCGUAUCGAGGCUAUGGUGGCCUACCGUUACGAAGGUUGAUUUCUCUCUGCUUUCUUGCUUUCCGCUGUAGUUGUACCCGUCCCCGUCCGUAAUAACAUCGAUGGGCAGAUGCCCGUUCCGGUUCCAAGGACUCGGGGAGAGCGAGGACCU